AUGUAUACCGUUGUAACAAGCAGCCAUCCGUUAUGCUCACGUAAUUCUUUCAGUUUCGUGGACUUCCGCGCUGAAACCUGGGUGUGUCCUUUCGGUAACCAGAGGAAUCCAUUUCCUGCUUACUAUGCCGCAAUCGCUGUGGAUAAUCGACCACCCGAACUGUAUCCGCAGUUUACAACGAUAGAAUACACGCUGAAGAAAGCUACCACAAUGCGGCCAAUCUUUAUGUUUGUGUGGACACUUGCGUAA